AUGGCGCCCUGCGGCGCACUCUGGGUACCGCCCUGCAUCAGCGACAUGGAGACACUCAUGGAGACGCGAGAGUGCCGCGCGGGGCCGCUUACUGCCGCCAUCCAACCACUCCGCGUCUCGUCGUCACCGCAGACUCAUCAACAUUACACGUUAACCUCAACUCCGACACUGCCCCGAUCACCAAGCUCUUCCCGGUUGACACGCGACGCUGUUACCGGUUACUUCUAUAUUAUUCAUGCUCGAACGACUAUGCGGGAAUCACUGAUUAAACGCACACAACACGAACGACGGGCACCUGUCAAUUUUACCAGUUAA